CGGAGGCAGCGGGCAGCGGUGAGGAGGCUGGCGGGCGGCGGUGGCGGAGCGCGGGGACGAGGUGACCCAUCACCCCUUGGAAACAGUUCUGGUGUGUGAGAGACCCCUCCCAAAUCUAGCUGGUGCUACACUUUGAACCAGCAUGGCAUUUGUGGCAACUCCAGGAGCUGUGGUGGACCAGACCACUUUAAUGAAGAAGUACCUUCAAUUUGUGGCCGCUCUGACAGACAGCAACACCCCUGAUGAAACCAAACUAAAAAUGAUGCAGGAAGUCAGUGAAAACUUUGAAAAUGUCACCACUUCACCACAGUACUCAACUUUCCUUGAGCACAUCAUUCCUCGUUUUCUCACAUUCCUACAAGAUGGAGAAGUGCAGUUCCUUCAGGAAAAGUCUGCCCAGCAAGUUCGAAAACUCGUCCUUGAGAUUAUUCACAGAAUUCCAACAAAUGAGCACUUGCGUUCCCACACGAAAAAUAUUUUGUCAGUGAUGUUUCGGUUUUUGGAAGUUGAGAAUGAAGAGAACGUUCUUAUUUGUCUCCGUGUCAUCAUUGAAUUGCACAAACAGUUCCGACCGCCCAUCACGCAGGAAAUUCACCACUUCCUUGAUUUUGUGAAGCAGAUUUACAAUGAUCUCCCGAAAGUCGUGACACGAUACUUUGAGAAGCCCCAAGCAAUCGCUGACAACACCGUUCCUUCCCCGGAGAUGGUGGGCAUGAUCACUCAGGUUGCAGUCAAGACCAAUCCCGAGCGAGAGGACAGUGAAUCAAGAACACAUACCAUAAUUCCCAGAGGUUCCCUUUCGCUCAAGGUCCUGGCUGAGCUGCCGAUCAUUGUCGUUCUCAUGUAUCAGCUGUACAAGCAGAGUAUACACAAUGUCGUGUCUGAAUUUGUCCCUUUAAUUAUGAGCACCAUCAUGCUGCAAGUUACACCUCAAGCAAGACAAAAUAAGCUUUACAACAAGGAGCUGUAUGCUGAUUUCAUUGCUGCACAGAUUAAAACGUUGUCCUUUCUCGCUUAUAUCAUAAGAAUCUAUCAGGAGUUGGUGGGAAAGUAUUCACAGCAAAUGGUGAAAGGAAUGCUCCAACUGUUGUCUAACUGUCCUUCUGAAACUGCCCAUCUGCGGAAGGAACUUCUGAUCGCAGCCAAACACAUUCUAACCACUGACCUUCGCAACCAAUUCAUUCCAUGCAUGGAUAAGUUGUUUGAUGAAUCCGUGCUAAUAGGCUCGGGGUACACAGCUCGUGAAACGCUGAGACCUCUGGCCUACAGCACUCUGGCUGAUCUGGUGCAUCAUGUCCGCCAGCAUCUCCCACUGAACGAUCUGGCCCUUGCUGUUCAGCUGUUUGCAAAGAACAUAGACGAUGAAUCGUUGCCCAGCAGCAUCCAGACCAUGUCCUGCAAACUGCUGUUGAAUCUGGUGGACUGUAUUCGAUCAAAGAGCGAGCAGGAGAAUGGGAACGGAAGAGACAUUCUUAUGAGGAUGUUGGAGGUGUUUGUCCUGAAGUUUCACACCAUUUCUCGCUACCAGUUGUCCACGAUCUUUAAGAAGUGCAAGCCUCAGUCAGAGCUGAUGGCCACCGAUGCCCCCAUUGCCACGGCCCAAGCGACUCCCACCUCGUCUGUGCCUCCAUCUGCCCCGCCCACGCCCACUCUCCCUGCACCAGCCUUGGACAAACACGGAGAUAAGGACAAGGAGGAGAAGCAGACGUUCCAGGUCUCCGAUUGCCGCAGCUUGGUCAAGACGCUGGUUUGCGGUGUGAAGACAAUUACCUGGGGCAUAACCUCAUGCAAAGCACCAGGAGAGGCUUCGUUUAUUCCCAACAAGCAGUUACAGCCCAAAGAGACACAAAUUUAUAUCAAGCUGGUUAAAUAUGCAAUGCAGGCUUUGGAUAUAUAUCAGGUUCAGAUUGCUGGGAAUGGGCAAACGUACAUUCGAGUGGCCAAUUGCCAGACUGUGAGGAUGAAGGAAGAGAAGGAAGUUCUGGAACAUUUUGCCGGCGUUUUCACUAUGAUGAAUCCUUUGACAUUUAAAGAGAUAUUUCAGACAACUGUGCCAUAUAUGGUUGAAAGGAUCUCAAAGAACUAUGCACUUCAGAUCGUGGCCAACUCGUUCUUGGCGAAUCCUUCCACCUCCGCUCUCUUCGCCACGAUCCUGGUGGAGUAUCUCCUGGACCGACUUCCAGAGAUGGGCUCCAACGUGGAGCUCUCCAACCUCUAUCUCAAGCUCUUCAAGCUGGUGUUUGGCUCGGUGUCUCUGUUUGCUGCCGAAAACGAGCAGAUGCUGAAGCCACAUCUGCACAAGAUUGUGAACAGUUCAAUGGAGCUUGCUCAAACAGCCAAGGAACCAUACAACUACUUUCUAUUGCUUCGAGCCCUUUUCCGAUCCAUUGGCGGAGGCAGCCACGAUCUCCUGUAUCAGGAAUUUCUACCAUUACUGCCUAACUUGCUGCAAGGGCUGAACAUGCUGCAGAGUGGCUUGCAUAAACAACACAUGAAAGAUCUCUUCGUUGAGCUGUGCUUGACAGUGCCCGUCCGACUCAGCUCCCUCUUGCCCUACCUGCCAAUGCUGAUGGACCCGUUGGUAUCGGCACUCAAUGGCUCCCAGACCCUGGUCAGUCAGGGCCUGCGGACACUGGAACUGUGCGUUGACAACCUGCAGCCGGACUUCUUGUACGACCACAUCCAGCCAGUGCGAGCUGAGCUCAUGCAGGCUUUAUGGCGCACCUUACGGAACCCUGCCGACAGCAUCUCCCAUGUGGCCUAUCGUGUACUGGGGAAGUUUGGGGGCAGCAAUCGGAAGAUGUUGAAAGAGUCACAGAAGCUGCAGUAUAUUGUGACCGAAGUUCAAGGACCAAGCAUCACAGCCGAGUUUUCGGACUGCAAGGCAUCAAUUCAGCUUCCAAUGGAGAAGGCAAUUGAAACGGCGUUGGAUUGUCUGAAGAGUGCAAACACCGAGCCAUAUUAUCGUCGCCAGGCCUGGGAAGUGAUCAAGUGCUUUUUGGUGGCAAUGAUGAGCUUGGAAGAUAACAAGCAUUCGCUGUACCAGCUACUGGCCCACCCAAACUUCACGGAGAAGGCGAUACCCAGUGUGAUUAUAUCACACCGUUACAAAGCGCAGGACACACCCGCUCGUAAGACAUUCGAACAGGCCCUGACAGGUGCGUUUAUGUCAGCCGUCAUUAAGGAUCUGCGGCCCAGCGCCCUGCCUUUCGUGGCCAGCUUAAUCCGUCAUUACACCAUGGUGGCUGUAGCUCAACAAUGCGGCCCAUUCUUGCUGCAGUGUUACCAAGUGGGCAGCCAGCCAAGCACUGCCAUGUUCCACAGUGAGGAAAAUGGAUCAAAAGGAAUGGACCCACUUGUCCUCAUUGAUGCCAUUGCCAUUUGCAUGGCUUAUGAGGAAAAAGAACUCUGCAAAAUAGGAGAGGUGGCUCUAGCUGUCAUCUUUGAUGUGGCGAGCAUCAUCUUGGGCUCGAAGGAACGGGCAUGCCUGCUGCCUUUAUUCUCAUACAUCGUGGAGCGUCUUUGUGCCUGCUGCUACGAACAAGCCUGGUACGCUAAACUCGGAGGCGUCGUCUCCAUCAAGUUCUUAAUGGAACGCCUCCCAUUGAUCUGGGUCCUGCAGAAUCAGCAAACCUUCCUUAAGGCUCUCCUUUUUGUCAUGAUGGAUCUGACGGGGGAGGUUUCCAAUGGUGCAGUUGCAAUGGCCAAGACUACGUUGGAACAGCUGCUGGUUCGCUGCGCCACUCCCCUGAAGGAUGAGGAGAAGUCCGAGGAGUUGCUCACGGCCCAGGAGAAGUCCUUCCACCACGUCACCCACGACCUGGUGCGCGAAGUGACUUCCCCGAACUCCACCGUGCGGAAGCAGGCCAUGCACUCCUUGCAAGUGCUUGCCCAAGUGACGGGCAAAAGUGUGACGGAAAUCAUGGAACCCCAUAAAGAGGUCCUGCAAGACAUGGUUCCACCCAAGAAACACCUGCUGCGACAUCAGCCAGCAAAUGCUCAGAUCGGACUGAUGGAAGGAAACACGUUCUGCACCACCCUCCAACCUAGGCUUUUCACCAUGGAUCUCAAUGUGGUGGAGCACAAAGUCUUUUAUACAGAGUUGCUGAACCUGUGCGAGGCUGAGGACAUUGCACUUAUGAAACUGCCCUGCUACAAAAGCCUGCCUUCACUUGUGCCUUUACGCAUUGCUGCCCUGAAUGCCCUCGCCGCCUGCAAUUACCUGCCCCAGUCGCGUGAAAAAAUCAUUGCUGCGUUAUUCAAGGCACUGAACUCGACCAACAACGAACUGCAGGAGGCAGGAGAGGCCUGUAUGAGGAAGUUUUUGGAGGGAGCUACAAUUGAGGUGGAUCAAAUCCACACACACAUGCGGCCACUCCUGAUGAUGUUGGGUGAUUAUCGCAGCCUGACUCUGAAUGUCGUGAAUCGCUUGACGUCUGUCACAAGACUUUUUCCCAACUCCUUCAACGACAAAUUCUGUGACCAGAUGAUGCAACACCUGCGUAAAUGGAUGGAGGUGGUGGUCCUCACACAUAAAGGAGGACAAAGGAGCGAUGGGAACGAAAUGAAGAUCUGCUCGGCCAUCAUUAAUCUGUUUCACUUGAUUCCGGCUGCACCUCAGACCCUGGUGAAGCCCCUACUAGAGGUGGUGAUGAAGACUGAAAGGGCCAUGCUUAUCGAGGCUGGGAGUCCAUUCCGUGAACCCCUGAUCAAGUUUCUGACCCGUUACCCGGCACAAACUGUUGAGCUUUUUAUGAUGGAAGCCACUUUGAAUGAUCCUCAGUGGAGCAGAAUGUUCAUGAGUUUCCUGAAGCACAAGGAUGCAAAGCCUCUCCGUGAUGUACUUGCAGCCACACCAGGUCGCUUCGUCAACCUGCUGUUUCCUGGAGCACAAGCUGCUGUCAGGCCUGGUUCUCCCAGUACCAGCACCAUUCGCUUAGACCUCCAGUUCCAAGCCAUUAAGAUAAUCAGCAUCAUUGUGAAAAAUGAUGGCAACUGGCUGUCUGGUCAACCUCAACUGGUCAGUCACCUGCGACGGGUAUGGGUGAGUGAUGCGUUCCAGGAGCGACAUCGCAAAGAAAGCAUGGUUGCCACUCACUGGAAGGAACCAAAACUCCUCGCCUUCUGCCUGCUGAAUUACUGCAAGCGGAAUUAUGCGGAGAUUGAGCUGCUAUUUCAGCUGCUGCGAGCCUUCACAGGACGUUUCCUGAGCAAUAUGACCUUCCUCAAGGAAUACAUGGAGGAGGAGAUCCCAAAGAAUUACAGUGUGUCGCAAAAGCGUGCCCUCUUCUUCCGAUUUGUGGAGUUUUAUGAUCCAAACUUUGGAGAUGAGCUUAAAGCAAAGGCUUUGCAGCACAUCUUGAUCCCUGCUUUCCAGUCCAGCUUCGAUAAAGGGGAAGGGGAACAACUGUUGGGGCCCCCAAACCCUGAGGGGGACAACCCUGAAAGCAUCACCAGUGUUUUCAUCACCAAGGUUCUGGACCCAGAGAAGCACGCGGAAAUGUUGGAUGCGUUGCGGAUUUACCUCCUGCAGUUUGCUACCCUUCUGGUUGAGCACGCCCCUCACCACAUACACGACAACAACAAGAAUCGCAACAGUAAGUUGCGGCGGCUGAUGACGUUCGCCUGGCCCUGCCUGCUGUCCAAAACCUGCGUGGAUCCAGCCUGCAAAUACAGCGGCCACCUACUGCUAGCGCACAUCAUAGCCAAGUUCGCCAUUCAUAAAAAGAUCGUCUUGCAGGUUUUCCUCAGUCUGCUGAAAGCUCAUGCCAUGGAGGCUCGAUUGGUGGUCCGGCAGGCAAUGGCCAUUCUGACUCCUGCUGUUCCAGCUCGAAUGGAAGAUGGACAUCAAAUGCUUACUCAUUGGACAAGAAAGAUCAUUGUGGAAGAGGGGUACACGGUUCCUCAGUUGGUCCAUAUCUUACAUCUGAUAGUUCAACAUUUCAGGGUUUAUUUCCCGGUGCGCCACCAUCUUGUGCAACACAUGGUCAGCGCCAUGCAGCGACUAGGUUUUACACCCAGCGUCACCAUCGAACAGCGAAAGCUGGCAGUUGAUCUGGCUGAAGUCGUCAUUAAGUGGGAGCUGCAGCGGAUCAAGGACCAGCAGCCUGAUUCCGAUCCAGAUCUGAAUGGUGGCGGAGAGGGAACCAGUGCAACCAAUGGUAGCGUCAAACGUGGUCUGUCUGUGGAUUCCGCUCAGGAUGUGAAACGUCUCCGAACAAAUGCUGGAACUGUGUUUGGCCGUAGCCAAUCACUAACUGGGGCUGAUCAUCUACUUUCAAAACCCAUUGACAAACAGCACACUGAUACUGUAGUGAAUUUCCUCAUCAGAAUAGCUUGCCAGGUGAACGACUCCUCCAACACAGCGGGUUCACCGGGAGAAAUGUUGUCCAGGCGAUGUGUUAGCCUCCUGAAGAUGGCUCUUCGAUCUGAUAUGUGGCCAAAAGCAGAGCUGAAACUCCAGUGGUUUGACAAGUUGUUAAUGACAGUGGAGCAGCCCAGUCAAGCAAACAUGGCGAACAUCUGCACGGGGUUGGAGGUGUUGAGCUUCCUUCUCACUGUGCUCCAGUCUUCGGCCAUCCUCAGCAGCUUCAAGCCAUUGCAGCGAGGGAUAGCAGCGUGCAUGACCUGUGGCAAUAACAAGGUGUUGCGGGCCGUCCACACUCUGCUCUCCCGCUUAAUGAGCGUCUUCCCAACAGAACCGAGCACGUCAAGCGUGGCUUCGAAGUACGAGGAGCUGGAGUGUCUCUAUGCCGCGGUGGGGAAAGUGAUUUACGAGGGCCUGACAAAUUACGAGAAAGCAACAAAUGCCAAUCCAAAUCAGUUGUUCGGUACACUGAUGAUCCUGAAGUCUGCUUGUAGCAACAACCCCAGCUACAUCGACCGCCUCAUCUCUGUCUUCAUGCGUUCCCUGCAGAAGAUGGUGAGAGAUCAUCUAAACCCACAGACCACUCCAGGGGCGUCCGAAACUAGUACAGUCACUAUUGAGCUGAUCAUGCUAAGUCUGGAGCUUGUGAAAACUCGACUUGCUGUAAUGAGCAUGGAAAUGAGGAAGAACUUCAUUCAAGUCAUCCUGACCUCUCUCAUUGAGAAAUCACCUGAUGCCAAAAUUCUGAGGGCCGUGGUGAAGAUAGUGGAGGAGUGGGUGAAGAACAAUUCUCCUAUGGCUGUAAACCAGACACCUACGCUGAGGGAGAAGUCCAUUUUACUGGUUAAAAUGAUGACCUACAUUGAAAAACGGUUUCCAGAUGACCUUGAAUUAAAUGCUCAGUUCUUGGACCUCGUUAACUAUGUCUAUAGGGAUGAGAACCUCUCCGGCAGCGAGCUCACGGCGAAGUUAGAGCCGGCAUUCUUAGCCGGAUUGCGGUGUUGCCAGCCCCACAUUCGGGCCAAGUUCUUCGAAGUUUUCGAUAACUCCAUGAGGCGGCGGGUCUACGAUCGGCUGCUGUACAUUACCUGUUCCCAAAACUGGGAGGCCAUGGGAAGCCACUUCUGGAUCAAGCAGUGUAUUGAGCUGCUGCUUGCGGUGUGUGAGAAAAACACCACCAUUGGCACCAAUUGUCAAGGUGCCAUGCUGCCAUCCAUCACCAAUGUCAUUAACCUGGCAGACAGCCAUGACCGUGCAGCCUUUGCCAUGGUAACCCACGUGAAACAGGAGCCCAGGGAGAGGGAGAACAGUGAGAGCAAAGAGGAGGAUGUGGAAAUUGAUAUCGAGUUGGCACCUGGAGAUCAGAGCAGUACGCCAAAAACCAAGGAGCAAUCCGAAAAAGAUGCGGGGAACCAGUUGCACAUGCUGACAAACAGGCACGAUAAGUUCCUGGACUCUCUCAGAGAAGUAAAGACCGGGGCACUGCUGAUUGCGUAUGUUCAGUUGUGUCACAUCAGCACCGCUCUGGCAGAGAAGACCUGGAUCCAGCUGUUCCCAAGGCUCUGGAAGAUCCUAUCUGACAGGCAACAGCACGCACUGGCGGGAGAAAUAAGCCCUUUCCUGUGCAGCGGAAGUCACCAGGUACAGAGGGACUGCCAACCAAGUGCCCUGAACUGUUUUGUUGAAGCAAUGUCCCAGUGUGUCCCCCACAUUUCCAUCAGACCCUGCGUGCUCAAGUACCUGGGCAAGACCCACAAUCUCUGGUUUCGCUCCACGCUGAUGCUAGAACACCAGGCUUUUGAAAAGGGCUUGAGUCUUCAGAUUAAACCACGUCAAACGUCAGAGUUCUACGAGCAGGAGAGCAUCACUCCACCUCCACAGGAAAUUUUGGAUUCGCUGGCAGAACUGUACUCGUUACUGCAGGAGGAGGACAUGUGGGCUGGCCUCUGGCAAAAGCGAUGCAAGUUCCCCGAGACCGCAACAGCAAUAGCCUAUGAGCAGCAUGGUUUCUUUGAGCAGGCCCAGGAAACCUACGAGAAGGCCAUGGACAAAGCAAGGAAGGAGAAUGAACGAAACAGUGCGUCGCCUGCCAUAUUUCCAGAGUACCAGCUGUGGGAAGACCACUGGAAUCGUUGCUCAAAGGAACUCAACCAGUGGGAGGCACUGACUGAGUAUGGCCAGUCUAAAGGUCAUGUUAAUCCAUACCUAGUACUAGAAUGCGCUUGGAGAGUUUCUAACUGGACGGCUAUGAAAGAAGCACUGGUGCAGGUGGAGCUGAGUUGCCCCAAGGAGAUGGCCUGGAAAGUCAACAUGUACCGAGGCUAUCUGGCGAUCUGCCACCCUGAAGAACAGCAGCUGAACUUCAUCGAGCGCCUGGUGGAGAUGGCCAGCAGCCUCGCAAUCCGGGAAUGGCGGAGACUCCCACACAUCGUCUCACAUGUGCACACACCAUUACUUCAGGCAGCUCAGCAGAUUAUGGAACUGCAGGAAGCAGCACAAAUAAAUGCCGGUUUACAGCCUGCUAAUUUGGGGAGGAACACAAGUUUGCACGACAUGAAGACUGUGGUGAAAACUUGGCGGAAUCGCCUGCCCAUUGUGUCUGACGACCUUUCUCACUGGAGCAGCAUCUUCAUGUGGAGGCAGCAUCAUUAUCAAGUGGGACGGACUACAGCAGAUACAAAACUGAAACCAGCAAUUGUGGCAGCCUAUGAGAAUAGCUCUCAGCAUGACCCCAAUUCCAAUAAUGCUAUGCUGGGGGUCCACGCCUCCGCUUCCGCCAUCAUCCAGUACGGCAAGAUCGCCCGUAAACAGGGCCUGGUGAACGUGGCCCUGGAUAUCCUCAGCCGCAUCCAUACCAUCCCCACCGUGCCCAUCGUGGACUGCUUCCAGAAGAUCCGGCAGCAAGUCAAAUGUUAUCUCCAGCAGGCGGGAGUGAUGGGCAAGAAUGAAUGCAUGCAGGGUUUGGAAGUCAUUGAAUCGACAAACCUGAAGUAUUUCACCAAGGAGAUGACGGCGGAAUUCUAUGCACUGAAAGGGAUGUUCCUUGCUCAGAUUAAUAAGUCUGAGGAAGCAAACAAAGCGUUUUCUGCAGCCGUUCAGAUGCACGAUGUGCUGGUGAAAGCCUGGGCGAUGUGGGGUGACUAUCUGGAGAACAUCUUUGUCAAAGAAAGGCAGCUUCACCUCGGCGUAUCGGCCAUCACCUGCUACCUGCAUGCUUGCCGGCACCAGAAUGAGAGCAAAUCGAGGAAGUAUCUGGCGAAGGUCCUUUGGCUGUUGAGUUUUGAUGAUGAAAAGAACACACUGGCGGAUGCUGUGGACAAGUACUGCAUCGGCGUGCCUCCCAUCCAGUGGCUGGCUUGGAUCCCUCAACUCCUGACUUGCCUAGUUGGCUCAGAGGGCAAACUUCUCCUCAACCUCAUCAGUCAGGUUGGAAGAGUGUUUCCCCAGGCUGUCUAUUUCCCAAUCAGGACGCUGUAUUUGACCCUGAAGAUUGAACAGCGGGAACGCUACAAAAGUGACUCAGGACAGCAGCAACCGGGCUCUGUCGGCACUCAGUCCCACUCUGCGUCUGACCCGGGGCCGAUCCGGGCCACCGCGCCCAUGUGGCGCUGCAGCCGGAUAAUGCACAUGCAGCGGGAGCUUCACCCAACCCUGCUCUCCUCGCUGGAGGGCAUCGUCGAUCAGAUGGUGUGGUUCCGGGAGAACUGGCAUGAAGAGGUUCUGAGACAGCUACAGCAAGGACUGGCAAAGUGUUAUUCUGUGGCUUUUGAGAAAAGCGGAGCUGUGUCUGAUGCAAAGAUCACUCCCCACACCUUAAACUUCGUCAAGAAGCUCGUGAGCACUUUUGGAGUCGGCCUCGAAAAUGUCUCCAACGUGUCCACCAUGUUCUCGAGUGCAGCUUCUGAGUCCCUGGCAAGGAGGGCUCAGGCCACAGCGCAAGACCCCGUCUUCCAGAAGCUGAAGGGACAGUUCACGACAGAUUUUGAUUUCAGUGUGCCGGGUUCAAUGAAGCUUCACAAUCUCAUCUCCAAGCUGAAGAAAUGGAUAAAGAUCCUGGAGGCAAAGACCAAGCAACUACCUAAAUUCUUUCUGAUUGAAGAGAAGUGUCGGUUUCUUAGUAACUUCUCUGCGCAGACAGCUGACGUGGAGAUCCCGGGAGAGUUCCUUAUGCCCAAGCCAACACAUUAUUAUAUUAAAAUUGCACGGUUCAUGCCCAGAGUGGAGAUUGUACAGAAGCACAACACAGCAGCUCGUAGACUGUACAUUCGGGGUCACAACGGCAAGAUAUACCCCUACCUGGUGAUGAAUGAUGCCUGCCUGACGGAGUCUCGACGGGAGGAACGUGUUCUGCAGCUGCUGAGACUAUUGAACCCCUGCCUGGAGAAGAGAAAAGAGACCACAAAGAGGCACCUGUUCUUCACAGUACCACGUGUUGUCGCCGUCUCUCCUCAAAUGCGGCUGGUUGAAGACAAUCCUUCUUCGCUUUCUCUUGUGGAAAUAUAUAAGCAGCGCUGCGCAAAGAAGGGCAUUGAACAUGAUAACCCAAUAUCCCGCUACUACGACAGACUGGCUACGGUGCAGGCCAGAGGAACACAAGCCAGUCAUCAGGUCCUGCGUGAUAUUCUGAAGGAAGUCCAAGGCAACAUGGUGCCACGGAGCAUGUUGAAGGAAUGGGCAUUGCACACCUUCCCGAACGCCACCGACUACUGGACCUUCCGCAAGAUGUUCACCAUUCAGCUGGCCUUGAUCGGCUUCGCCGAGUUCGUCCUCCACCUGAAUCGCCUCAAUCCGGAGAUGCUACAGAUCGCACAGGACACCGGAAAGCUCAACGUCGCCUAUUUCAGGUUUGACAUCAACGACUCCACCGGCGAUCUGGACGCGAACCGCCCUGUGCCAUUCCGGCUCACUCCCAAUAUCUCCGAGUUCCUCACCACCAUCGGCGUGUCUGGGCCACUGACUGCCUCGAUGAUAGCCGUCGCUCGAUGCUUCGCACAACCGAACUUCAAAGUCGAUGGCAUCCUGAAAGCCGUGCUGCGGGACGAGAUAAUCGCCUGGCACAGAAGACGCAGGAGGAGCACGUCCUCUCCGCUCUCGGCGGCUGGCCAGCCCGAGAACAUGGACGGCCAGCAGCUGGUCUCGCUGGUGCAGAAGGCAGUGACCGCCAUCGUGACCCGACUGCACAGCCUGGCUCAGUUUGAGGGCGGCGAGAGCAAGGUCACACCGCUGGUGGCCGCCGCCAACAGCCUGGACAACCUCUGCCGCAUGGACCCCGCUUGGCACCCCUGGCUCUGAGGCCCGAGCAGCCCCCAGGUGCCCAGAGAGGACUCUGCUCCCCGUGACGUUGCUCGGUUACAGGCACAGCAAGUGCUGCGGAUUACCGUCUUCCAUCUUGAGGCUCUGUUCAAUCACGCAAGGCUUCCGGCUUUUAAACGGGACCCUUGGUUACAACAGGUGGGGAAGGGGGGUGUGGCCAAACCAGCAGCUAGUGCUCCCUUGAGUCUGUCACUCCCACAGAGGACACAGAGAGCGGAGUGUUACUCCAGUGCGAGAGAGGAGAGAAAUACGUCUAGAAAAAGUACAGAAGGGGUGGGGGAGGGGGGGGUGGGGGGGGGGGCGCGGGUGAGAAGACAGAAAAGCAACCAAAGGUUUAAAGCCACAGCAGUGAAGUAUACGUAAUAGUUCGUAACUCCUUGCUUCCAAACUUCGGAGUGGAGUUUGUGAAAGAGCAGGAGGACUGGGGAGAAAAUCACAAGGAAGCCACCUGACUAGAGUUGAACUCAGUACUACUUGCCGAGUACCCACAGGAUCCGUCAGUCAUCUUUAAGUUUCACUUACCACGGAGUAUUUGUACAAACAGAUGCCUUUCCAAGCGAGGAAUGGGGCUGUGUGAUAAGGCACUUUGUAAAAAUUCAGGAAGCAUCACGGUUUCAGUCACAAGUUGCUUCUGUUGUUCCGGACCAGACCGGGGCGGAAUCAGUUCCAAUCCAUUCCUCUACUGAUGAGGUGCCAGCACUGACCAACUUGAAGACAGACAGGUUGGCUGAAUGUAGGAGAUAGCUGCUUCAAUUUUAAUUUUCUUUGUGUAGCAUUCUGAAAAGGGAGCUGUCAUUGAAACUGAACAUGUCAUUUAUUCUGGGUCCUGUGUGGGAGACCCAACAGGAUUAAAUGCACGGAUGCCAGAAUAUCUGAGGAUUUAUCGGGCUCCCCUCGUACUGUUGAAGAUGCCUCCAACAAAGAGUUUGUGGGCUUUUGCAAGGUAUUGGAGAUUUUUCAUAAGGAAUGUGCUUUUACUGAUACAAGUCAGUUUUCAGUCCGGUACAUCUUGUGUAAUAUUUGUAGCCUAGUCUGACCCUUGUUUUGUAAUUUAUGAAUUUUUAUUUUUACUUUUUUAAAAAUAUUGGAUGCUUUUUCAACCAGUGCUUUGAAAUUCUUCCAUGAUGGUAAAGGAAACUGCAUUUCUGUACAGAACCUUUUGGUAAAA